GGCAUUGAGCGAAAACACAUACCACCAUAUGACAGUAAUCUUUUCAAACUAGCGAAAAACAAAAUAUCAGAAAAAUACAAGAGCUUAAAAGAUUAUAAAGCCAUGAUAGCUUCUGAUGAGAAAAUGGUGAUGAAGAUGUACUGUAUAUUUACGAGGAAACAUCUGCUGCAAUAUGUUCUUCAAGAUCCUGCGGAAUGGAAAAGAUUAGAAUUCCAGACAUUUCCAGUUGAUUUCCCAACGAUGAUCAUAAGAGCACCUAUUCCUUGGCAUACCCAGUACUCCCUGAGUACUCAGCUGAUGGAGAAACACUAUUAUAAUGGAAAUAUAAUCGUCAGAAAAAUAAGAGAUUUGUGGUUUCAGAAAUAUGACAGUAUGUUUAUAUUACCAAUAUCAAAACUCUUAGAAACAGAUGCUCCAUUGGGCGUUUCGAACUUCCAAGAGACAGUUUCACGUAUUUGUGAUGAUUCAAGGGAAAUUCUUGAGAAAGAAUGGCUUCCAUCAUGUGCAGAUAUUUUUUUGGAAUAUAAGCAACACUGGAAGCAAUAUAUACCGAGACAACCAACUGAUAGUGUGGAAUUUGUUGAGAGGUUUUUUGAUUGUGUGAAUAUGUUAUUAUCGAUUCAGUUACGUUGGCUGGUUAUGAAGAGCCUGGAACAUUUCGUGAAUCUCUUUCUUAAAUUCAAGGAAGGUAACGAUUUUAUAGGACAGUAUCAGGAUUUUUCUUUGAUAAACCUUCCAAUUUUGACAUUGGUAGUGAAACCCCAUUUGGGGAAAAAAGAAUUGACAUUCAAUCCAUCUCUGGAGGCAGUCCAAGAAGUGCUUCAUCGAUGCUUCAGGAAAAUAUUGGGAGUCACCUCCAACAUAGCUCGAAUAGAAAUCAUAAUGUUCCCAGAAUUUUCACGAUUUGAACGAUUUCUACAAUGCGUCCACGAAUAUGAGCAACCCGUUGAGGCCAUUUAUAGAAACAUAGUGAAUGCAGUUACACCAAACUUCAUUGGUCCUCAGAAGUAUUUAGCAACGUAUGAACAAUAUUUCUAUUUGCUCAACGGAGAUGCCGAGAAAGAAUUAAAUGAAUUUUUUCAUCUAGAACCUUUUCCUUUUUUGAAGGACUUUGCAAGGAAAAUUAGAAAGUAUGAAGAAAUUAAAAUAGAAAUUAUGGAGCUGAGACGUUCUGUACCACUGAAUUUGUUCAACAUAGAUUGUUGCGAAUUGAACGAGACUUUGUAUACAAUUGUUGAUAAUCUGCGAACUAAAAUCGUGAAUUAUUUCAUAAUGGAGAAUCGCAAUCACAAUAGGAGGAUUUGUGAUACAUUUGAUGAUAUGUCUCAAAAAGUAAGCGGAAGUCCAGAUACAGUUGCAGACUUGGUGGAAUUGCAAAACUAUGUUAUUGAAUGUAGAGAUGUUACGAUGUAUAAUCUGAAAGAACAAAUAAGGAAAACAGCUGAAAAUGUGAAUUUUUUGAUGGAACAUGCUCAUCUCACUGUUGAAGAUAUUCAGUUGAACUGUAGAGUGUUUGUUUGGCCAAAAGACAUGGAGUCGGUAAUAGAAUUGGCUAUUCAGAGAUUGAAUAUGAAACGUGAUCAAGCUGAGGCCAUAUUAAAGAACCGUAGAACUGUAUUCGAUGGAAAGUUGAAGAAACAUGAAAAACUGUUGCUUGCUUUCAGAAAAAAAGACCCUCCGAUUUUGACAAUGGAAGAGAUGGAAGACAGUGUAGCUGGGAUUGAAGAAAUAGUUAAAUUACUCGAGGAUGAUAAAACGGAAGCAGAACAAAUAAACGAAGAGGAACAAUUAUUGGAUAUCGAUCCAUCACCAUUCAUGAAUCUAUACAAAAUGCUGAGUAUGGUAGAGCCAUAUGAUAAACUAUGGCAUACUGUUUUGGAAUUUCAUGAGAAUUAUGAAUUAUGGUACUUCGGUCCAUUUUGUGACUUGGAUGCUGAUCAAAUUACCGAAUAUGUUGAAACUGUUUGGAGAACUCUUUAUAAACUGGCUAAAACAUUCAGUGACAAUCCUGGAGCGAAAAGGAUCGCUGAGAUGGUCAGAGCUAAAGUGGAGAAAUUCAGACAAUUUCUACCUGUGAUACAAACUAUCUGCAAUAAAGGUUUACAGAGGCGGCAUUGGGAUAGGAUAAGUGAAAUAGUUGGAGCUCAGUUAGUAGUAACCCCGGAUUCAACACUGAAUGAUAUGAUAGAAGCUGGAUUACCAAAAUUUGCACAGCAACUAGAAGAAAUAGGGGCUUCGGCUACUAAAGAGUAUGCUCUAGAAAAAAAUUUGGCCAAGAUGAAAGAAGAAUGGGUUGACGUUUGCUUUGAAUGUGUACCAUAUAGGGAAACGGGAGUGUAUAUUUUGAGUGCAGUUGAUGAUAUACAGGUAAUGAUGGACGAUCAUAUUCUCAAAGCUCAAACGAUGAGAGGAUCUCCAUACGUCAAAGCUUUCGAGGCUGAGAUGCAAGCCUGGGAAGAGAAACUGAUAUCGAUGCAGGAUAUUCUGGAUCAAUGGCUCAUGUGCCAAGCUACAUGGAUGUACCUGGAACCAAUUUUCAGCUCUGAAGAUAUAAUGAGGCAAAUGCCAACCGAAGCAAGGAAUUUCAAAAUUGUUGACAGGGUGUGGCGGACCAUACAGAAUAACACUAUGAAAAAUACUCAUGUGUUAGUUGCUACUGAUUAUCGUAAUAUGCUUCAACACUUGAGAGAGAACAACCGACUCUUGGAUGAAAUACAAAAAGGACUAAAUGAUUAUCUGGAGAAGAAAAGGUUAUUUUUCCCCAGAUUCUUCUUUUUAUCGAAUGACGAACUUUUGGAAAUUUUAUCCGAAACUAAGGAUCCACUUCGAGUUCAACCACAUCUCAAGAAAUGCUUUGAAGGUAUUUAUUUAUUAGAUUUCACGAAAGACGAAGAGGUUACUGGAAUGAUAAGCGCAGAGAAAGAAAAAGUACCAUUCAGCGGAAAAAUUAUACCAGCAGAAGCAAAGGGAAUGGUGGAAAAAUGGCUCGUUCAAGUUGAAUCGAUAAUGAUUCAGUCUCUCAUAGACAUAACUAAAGAGGCGGUUAGAAAUUAUCCUAUGGUGGAUAGACCAACAUGGAUAUUGAAUUGGCCAGGUCAAAUUGUCCAGUGUGUCGACUGUGUUCAAUGGACAUUGGAGGUAACGAAUGCUAUAUUCAGUGGAUCAUUGGUGGAACAGGAAGAACUUUGCACUGAACAGAUAGAGCAGAGUGUUAGAAUGGUUCAAGGAAAACUGAAACCAAACAAUCAAGUAACAGUUGAAGCACUGAUUGUUAUUGAUGUGCACUGUAGAGAUAUUGUGAGACUUCUGAAAGAAUUGAAAGUUACCUCCAUAGCGGACUUCAAUUGGAUAUCGCAACUGCGAUAUUACUGGAGGGACAAUUUAGUAACGGUAUCCAUGAUAACUACAGAUGUUAUGUACGGAUUCGAAUAUUUGGGAAACACCGGACGUUUGGUAGCUACACCACUAACGGAUAGAUGCUACAGGACACUAAUGGGAGCACUGAAACUGAAUCUUGGUGGUGCCCCUGAAGGCCCUGCUGGGACAGGUAAAACAGAGACAUGUAAAGACCUCGCGAAAGCAGUGGCGAAGAAAUGCGUAGUUUUCAACUGCUCUGAUGGAUUGGACUAUAAGGCACUUGGAAAAUUCUUCAAGGGUUUAGCUCAGGCAGGCGCUUGGGCGUGCUUCGAUGAAUUCAACCGAAUAGAACUUGAGGUCCUCUCUGUAGUAGCGCAACAAAUACUGAGUAUUCAAACAGCGGUAGCUGCUAAAUUGAAAAAGUUUGUCUUUGAAGGAACUGAGAUCACUUUGGACCCGACUUGUACCGUUUUCAUCACAAUGAACCCUGGGUAUGCUGGUCGUCAAGAGUUACCUGAUAAUCUGAAAGUAUUAUUCAGAACAGUUGCUAUGAUGGUUCCAGAUUAUGCAAUGAUAGGAGAAAUAUCUCUUUAUUCAUAUGGAUUUGAACAAGCUAAAAGUCUAUCGCAAAAAAUCGUUCAUACAUACAAGUUGUGUUCCGAACAGCUAUCUUCUCAAAAUCAUUAUGACUAUGGGAUGAGAGCGGUAAAAUCCGUUCUGUUGGCUGCCGGGGCACUGAGAAGGGGUUAUCCAGAUGUUGAAGAACCACAGCUUGUACUGAGAGCCGUAAUAGAUGUUAAUUUACCAAAAUUUUUGGCACAAGAUGUUCCCCUCUUUGAGGGUAUCUACAACGAUUUGUUUCCUGGAGUUGAACUACCAUCUUUCGAGCGAGCUGAACUGAUAGAGUGCCUCAUUGCAGAAAUAAAGAAAAGGAACUUACAACCGACACCAUGGUUUGUUAUGAAGUGCAUGCAGAUAUACGAAAUGAUUCUAGUCAGACAUGGUUUGAUGAUAGUUGGGAAACCUAUGGGAGGAAAAACUUCUGCUUAUCAAAUGUCGCCUCAGAUGAACCUUAUAUUCGAACCUGCCGAUUUGGAACAAGCGUCUCCGGCUACAGUUUCAAGGUGUGGAAUGAUAUACAUGGAACCAGCUUUACUCGGAUGGAAACCAUUCAUGGAUUCUUAUAUGGCUACAUUGGAGAAAUUUUUACUAGUAGAACAAUUAGAACUGUUGGUAGAGUGCAUAGAGUGGCUUGUACCUCCUUGCUUGGAUCAUAUCAACAACGAGUGUAAGAAGUUCGUCACAACUUCGGAUAUUCAUCUUUUCUAC